AUAAAACAAAAUGGCUGCCCCCAUGGAAAAAUUUGAGUGCUAAAAUUUUAGUAAAUUCUUAACAUUUUUGAGGUUAACCAAUAACAAUGCAGAACCUAAAGUGUAGUGUGAAGCCAGAAAUCUUCAGAGCAGUACGAGAUGUUGACAUCUCUUCACUGAGUGAUUCGAAGGAAUUUGAUUUGCGUCCAGUUCUUCCAUGUCUUGUUAGAAUGGCUUUGUGUAAACCACUUGAUGAGAGCUCCAACUGGACAAAAGCUAAAAAAGAAGUCUUAAAAAUCUUAUCUGGGAUUGAAGUUGUGAAUGGCAUUGUGGCAUUGCUAUCUAUUGAUUUUCAUGCUUUAGAACAAGACGUAAAAAAAGAACAACAGCUCAGGACAAAGAUUGGUACAUCACAGACUGACAGUGUCCUUAUAUCUCAGUUACAGUGUGGGCUUGCUAUGGAGUUUGAAAGAAGUGACCAUGCUCGUAGAAUUCGCCUGUUGUUAAGUGAACUUCUCUUUGUAGCAUCACAGAUGAAGGAAAACAAGGCAGAAUUUUAUUUCAAGUCUUCAGAAUUACUGGAGAGUAUUGUAUACCUUGAGGAAGUAUCUGAUGUCUUGUGUAUAGCACAAGCAGAGCUUCCUACUUUACUUCAAAUAAAAGAUGUUGCAGAGACAUUAUUGCAUUUACCAAAUGGAGGCUGGUUGUUGUGUCGUUUGGUGGCUAACUCUCCUGACAGCUUUAAAGAAGUUUGUACCAGUCUGGUGGCUAAUGGAGAAACACAAGAUGAAGAAUCAAUGAGUGGAAGAAGGAGAAUGGAAGUCUUGUUGAAUCUGUGUACCAUGAAUCCUGGAGAAAUGUUAAACAUCAGGGCUCUUUGUGUUGAACAUUGCACAAUGCCUGGUUUAGCUGUGGCCUUAACAUUGUUGACAAGUAAAGAUUAUCACGGUGUCGCUAUGGAUAUCAAAGAUAAAACAGCUGAUGUUAUUGCUUUUGUAUGUGGGUUGUUGCUAAGCAACAAUUUAAAUGUUAGGAGCUGGUUUUCACAAUAUGUAAAACUAGGUCAAAAAAAAAGACAGGAUCCUCAGGCUUCCACUCUGCAGGCACUAAGACACCACCUAUUAGAACAUCUUGUAUCUAUACUACCAGCAGGACGAGAACCCAUCAGUGAUACAUUACAGGCCAGCUCCUUUAUCAGGCUAUACUGUGUACUGAAGGGAAUGGGUGGACUAAAAUUUUCUGAUGAAGAAAUGAGAUUACUUUUGAGACUAGUAACAUCACAUCCACUACAGAAUAAAGCUGGAUCAAGAUUUGUCUCCCUUGGAUUGUCAAUGAUUAUGUUGUGUCCUUAUCUUCUCACGAAUGGUGAACAAGAGAAGCAUGUUAUAGAAUGGAUUAGAUGGCUGAUGGACAGACAAGAGGAAUUUGAACAAACUGUUGGUGAUAGUUAUGGAGAAAUGUUAUUUUUGAUUGCCAUUCAUUUCCAUAGCAACAAUACAACUGCCAUUGGAGAAUUAGUUAGUUCUACCUUGGGCAUGAAGGCUCCAGUGAAGGGAAAUGCAUUAUCAAGAUUAAGACAGAUAUUUACUCAGGAGAUAUUCAAAGAACAGGUUGUAACUACACAUGCAGUCAAGGUACCAGUCACACCUAAUUUGAAUGGUCAUAUGACUGGAUAUCUACCAAUCAACAGUGUUUAUCAGCUUCUGAAAACAAGGUCCUUUUCAAAGUACAAAGUUCCUAUAAAAGACUGGAUCUACAGACAGAUUUGUAGUAGUGGGUGUCCACUCCACAAUUUACUACCAUCCCUUAUUGAGGUCUAUGUGAACUCAAUCAUCAUCAAAAGUACAAAGACUGACCAUCUUAAUGAACCACUAAGUAACCAGGAAGUCUUAGAUGUGUAUAAAUCAUCAGUGUUUGGUCAAAUCAGGGGAGAUAACUCAUUUAGUCAUGAAGAUAAUUCUGUAUCCAGUCAUAAGGGAGAUAACUCUGUAUAUAACUUGACACCACAGUUAAUUGUGUUAUAUUAUCUGCUGUUGUAUGAGGAUACAGUUCUGAAUCACAUGAAAAUAAUAGUUUCAGGAGACAGAAAAGUAAAGACAUACCCAGAUGGAGUUCUAUCUAAGAUUCCUAUCAAUUUCUUACUACAGCAAGCUCAGAAAAAUCAGCAUCAGUAUCCAGGACUAUUUCCUUCAUUGUUAAAAUUACUGGUCACACAUUAUCCACAUCUAUGUACUAUUGAAGAUUGGUUAGAAGAGAGCUUGACAAUACAGUCAAUAUCACAGGAAAUAUCACCCCUCACUAAGAUAACUAUCACCCUGGAACAGUUUCAACAAGCUAUAGAUGGUUUACCCAUGAGAACAUCAGAAAUGAUUGUAGCCUUACAGACGUUAUUAAGGAUGCCAGUAGAUACCAUAUUACAGUUCUCAGACAAGUUCCUUGGUUGUUUGAUACUAAUUUUAGACACAAGAAUUCCCAGGAAAGUUGUAGACCUUGUCAGGAAGGUCUGGAUCAAACUACAUUCUAUUUCCCCUAGAAGUAUUCGACUGGCUACAGUAAAUGCGUUAAGAGAAAGUAAUAAAAGGGGAGCAGUCAUUACACAGUAUACAGAAAAUGAUGUGACUAUAGACCCACUAAUUAUACUCAGGUGUGAUAACAGGGUAUACAGAUGUCCACCAAUAUUGGAGAUUGUCCUGUGUAUUCUGUCAGCGUACAUGCAGGCUUCUAAGGUCUAUCUACAUAACCACACUCUGGUCAACCCAAUCCUUGACCAUGCCAGUCAGAAUGACCAGGAGAGAAGGGAUCUCAAAAAUGCACUGAUCAUGGCCCAAGAUAGUGCUGUUGUACAAAUACUCUUAGAAUGUUGUCUACCAAAGGAAGAUGAGGAGGAAGAAGGUCUACUUCACAACAGAAGAGAAAUUCAAUGUGUUACAUGCUCAUUCAUCCAUAAAAUAUUUAUUUCUGAUCCACAUCUUGCUAAACUUGUACAUUUCCAGGGUUAUCCAGAAGAAUUACUAAAUAUAACUGUACCAGGGAUUCCUUCCAUGCAUAUCUGUUUAGACUUUGUACCAGAGCUACUGAGUCAACCUCAGAUGAAUAAACAGAUAUUUGCCAUUAAGAUGAUGGCCCAUUUAUGUUGCCAAUAUGCUUUGCCUAAAUCUCUAAAUAUUGCCAAGCUAGCUGUAAAUGUGAUGUUUACAAUGGUUAAUGUGUUGGGAGCUGGUGACAAAUUGGAGUUUUUCCUUGAGACCGUUCCAUAUUUGGUAAAGGUGUGUCAGGCUUUCCCACCAUUGUUUGAGGAUGUGACUUCCCUAUUAUUACAACUUGGUAGAGUCUGUGUUUCUCAGUUAUCAUGUAACAGUAAUAUCAUAGCAACAGAACAGACAGAUUUGAACUUUGAACCCAGCAAAAAGAAAUCAAGAUAUAGUUUACUUUCUCCUGAACUCUCUUUACAAUUUGAGGAACUACACAGCAUAGUCAGACAAACUUUCUCUAAUAUUGUAAAGAAAUCCAUAGUAACAAGGAAUAUCUACUCAUAGUAGUUACCAUAGCAACAACACAUGGAACAUUCCAUCAUGAAAUUUUACUCUGACAUGGAACUACCAUUGUUAUGUGCAAUAUAAAUGUAUUGCAGCUUCAGAAGGAAGAGAGGAUUAGGAAGGGAGGAUUGCUCUCUUUACAGUAAAAAUUAAAAGAUAUUUUUUUAUAAAAAUAUGGAAAUAACUUUAAAAUGUCUUUUGAAUGCAACUUCCUUUUCAAUGAAAACUAAUGAUAAACUA